CCCUACAAGUUUAAUCCCAUGCCGCCUUCAUUCCCGAGAAAGAAGUACUUGCUUGUACUGGUGAUUUUUAAAGCUCUUUAUAGCUGCCAUUUGAAUUCUACAGUCAAGCGAAGUUGAACCUGGCGCUAUUCUUUAAAAGCUUCAUUUCUCUUCUGAUGGUUCAAAUAUCCUGCUUCGGUCUAAUGAUGUAAGCUCCGAAUUUGGAAACGUAAGCGUCAUCAUGGCUUCGUCCGCUUCAGAAUACACCAUUGGCGGCGUGAAGAUCCUCUUCCCUUGCAAGGCAUAUCCUUCGCAGUUGGCAAUGAUGAACGCCAUCGUGAAAGGGCUAAACUCCAAGCAACACUGCCUCUUGGAGAGUCCAACCGGAAGUGGGAAAAGCUUGGCAUUGCUCUGUUCCGCUUUGUCGUGGCAGCAGGCACAGUAUGAAAAGCCCAAUGACGACUUGACGGGCUCAAAGGGAUGCAAGAAGCCGGAUCUCUUGAUGUCGUGCCGUUGCGGUUGCCAUGCUAGCCACGCAACGCAGAGCCAGGAUGGUGCAAAGCAGAGCCAAGGCACGUCUUACGCCUUCACCAACAGUGGACCAGUCACACCCACCAACAGUGGAGGAAAGCCAAAAGACAAAGACUCCAAUUUAUAUCCUGCCGUUGGAAAGGACGCGUCAAAAACCACACUUGCUUCCAAACUGUCUGCAAAGAAGCAGGCGUCUUUGCAGGAAGGUGGUGAAGAUGAUGAUUUUAGAGUGGAUAGGAAACGGAAUCGUUCUCUAGAAACCGAAGAGCAGGCUAGGAAACGACACCGGCUGGCCAAAGGAGUCCAGUUUGUUGGCGCUUUGGAAAUGUAUCAGCAGCAGAAAAACGGGAAGUUGAUAGAGGCCUCGGGAAAAGCUGCGCCUUCCGCUCUCAAAACUCCUUCUAGCCCUUGCGGUCGGUGUUCCUGCUCUUCUGUGGAGGGAAAAGCCCGAGACGCUGCCGACGCCAAGAAGAAAGAAAAUGGAGAGCGACCCUCCAUCCCCAAAAUAUACUUUGGAACCCGAACCCACAAACAGAUAGCUCAGAUUACGCGGGAGAUGCGGAGGACGGCGUAUUCAGGUGUCCAGAUGACAAUCCUUUCGAGCCGGGACCACACUUGUGUCCAUCCGACGGUAUCGACAUGCAGCAACAAGAACGAAAAAUGCGUAGAGCUGCUGGAAGCCAAAGAUGGUACAUCUUGUUCUUACUACCAUGGAGUCCAUAAGUUGAGCGAAUACCACCUCUGCCAGUUUGCCCAAAAGAAAUACCAGGCGUGGGACAUAGAAGACCUGGUACGCCUGGGAAAGAAGUUACGAGCCUGUGCUUAUUUCGGUGCUCGGGAGCUUAUGGGGCCAGCGGACAUUGUCUUUUGUCCUUACAAUUACCUUUUAGACCCACAGAUAAGAGAGAGUAUGGAAAUCGAUUUGAAGAACCAGGUGGUCAUCUUAGAUGAAGCUCAUAACAUCGAGGACUGUGCCCGGGAAUCGGCCAGCUACAGUGUGACAGAAGCUCAGCUGCAGUUGGCUAGAGAAGAGCUGGACACAAUGGUCAACAACAACAUCAGAAAGCAAGACCAUGAGCCCUUGCGCGCCGUAUGCUGCAGCUUGACAAACUGGUUAAAGGAAACUUGUGGUCAGCUGGUAGAGAGAGAUUAUGAGGCCUCUAGUAAAGUCUGGAGUGGAAGGCAAAUGGUGACAUUCCUCCAUGAGAUGGGAAUAACCAACGCUUCGUUUCCCUUCUUGCAGCGACAUUUAAGUGCUGUGCUUGAAAAAGAAGAAAAAGUUCCACUUUUCCAUGGCGGAGAAACAUCAGUUACCAUUCCAGUCAUAAGCCCUCCAACUCAGAUUGUCCUAAAAGGCCUGUUCAUGGUGCUGCAGUAUCUUUUCAGAGAGAACCACAGGUUUGCUGAUGAUUACAGAGUUGCCUUGCAGCAAAUCUACACGUGGACAAAUGUGAAUCCAGCAGACGCUCCGGACGAGAACGGUUUUUUUGCACGACCAAAGAGAAGAUCACGACACAAAGUGGCAGUGCAUACGCUCAACUUCUGGUGCUUGAACCCAGCUGUGGCGUUCUCUGACUUGAGCAGCAAUGUCAGAUCCAUCGUCUUAACCUCUGGGACCCUUUCUCCAAUGGACUCCUUUUCUUCUGAGCUUGGUGUGAAGUUUUCCAUUCAGCUUGAAGCAAGCCAUGUUAUUCAAAACUCACAGGUGUGGGUCGGUACUAUCGGAGCUGGUCCCAAAGGCAAGUCCUUAUGCGCCACUUUCCAGCACACCGAAACCUUUGACUUCCAGGAUGAAGUGGGGGCGCUUUUGCUUUCGGUUUGCCGGACCAUCAGCCAAGGAGUUUUAUGCUUUUUGCCGUCAUAUAAGAUGUUGGAUAAACUGAAAGAUCGCUGGAUGCACACUGGGUUAUGGGAAAAGCUUGAACUGAUAAAGACUGUGAUUGUGGAGCCCAAAGGAGGAGACAAGGCAGACUUCGACGAUCUGCUCCAAACCUACUAUGAUGCCAUCAAAUGUAAAGAAGGGAAAGAUGGCGCACUCCUUAUCGCUGUCUGCAGAGGCAAAGUCAGUGAAGGCUUGGACUUCUCGGAUGACAACGCCCGCGCGGUUAUAACCAUAGGAAUCCCAUUCCCAAACGUGAAGGAUCUUCAGGUUGAGCUGAAGAGGAAAUACAAUGACCAGCACUCAAAAGCAAGAGGACUUUUGCCAGGGAGCCAGUGGUACGAAAUCCAGGCUUACAGGGCUCUCAACCAAGCCCUGGGCAGGUGCAUUCGCCAUCGGAGUGACUGGGGAGCUCUCAUUUUAGUUGAUGACCGCUUCGGAAGGAACCCAAAUAAAUAUAUAGCUGGUUUAUCGAAAUGGAUUCGCCAGCAAAUCCAGCACCACGAAAACUUUGAUCAUGCCCUCGGUUCUUUGGAUACAUUUGCCAAAACAAACCAGAAGAACGCGGAUUCUUCUCCCGAGGGCAACAAGAGUUAUUCGCUCAUGCCUCCCAGUCCAAAGGAUCUGUCAGCAACGUCUUUUCUGGAGGCAACUCUUCAUCUCUCGCCAGGUGUUACUGUUGAAAGAAGAAGGCACAAUAAGAGCCCGGAAACGCUUUCCGCAACUGACAUCGUCGCAAUUAAUCCAACAACAUCUAGUCCAUCAUGUGAUGCACCUCUCAAGAAAAAACGUCCUCACUCAUCUCACCAGACAGCAAAGCAAGAAAAUCUUACAGACACCAAACCCAAAAAUCCCACCAGUGAAAACAAGAGGGAAAAAGCAAAUAGUCGGCUCGCCUCUGUCGGUCUAAAACGGUAUUUCAGCGUAUCAUCGACAUCCACGCCUCUACCUGCACUGAAUACGAAUUGCACACCCAAAACAAAAUGGCAGCCAAAGAGGCUGAUGGGUGAAACGAACCUGCCUGUGGCAAAUGGUCCUCAGCAAGAUGUAGUAUUGGUUGAGGAGGACAGGCCAACUGGAUUGAAGCCACAUAAGGAAACCAUUAGCUAUCUUUCUGGGAAAGCCAUCAGCUCUGUCAUUCGGGAAUGUCCUACCAAAGAGCAGCUUCGCACUCCUGAAGACAAGGCGAAUGUGGCCAUUUCUCCAGUGAAAGGAAAUGUGGAACUUUCAACAUCGGACGGAGCUACAGAAACAGAUGCUGGCGAUGACAGUAUCUAUUUCACACCCGAACUUUACGACAACGUUAAACCAGCGGAAGGGGAAAACGAACGGCUAACUAACACUUGUGGCGACGCUGGGACCGUCUUUGAGACUGCAAUCUCGAUUGUGGCUGAAGAAGUUUGUGAAACUAGUGCACUAAACCCAGUAGACGCAGCGCCCAGCAUUAAAAUGGGUGCAGAGUGGCAAAGAGCCGUGUUAAGUAGUGAGAGUAACGAAGAUGCCGUCAGACCGUCUGGACAGAGUCCUAGGAUAGGUGAAGUUGAGCGGGAAGGAAAGAAAAGGAAAAACAGACUUUCCCGAUCUCAGAACAAAGUCAUAGGUUUGGCUCCCCCAGUCGAUUUCUGUACAUCUGUCAAGUACCGAACGUUGAACGUUUGCUGGAAUUGAACGGCGUCUCAAAGAAUUUCUUGGACCGAUGUCUCACUUUCCUUCUUUCCUGGAAUUCCAGGGCCAAAGAGGAGAGGUGAGCCUGCAAUCCAACCCAGGCCCCUGGCUCCUGCUCCUCUGUUUCCGCCGCCGAAGCCUUGAUCCCACCCUUGAGAUUGAUGGAGGGGGACGAUGGGACACAGAAGCCCCUUCUUCUCUCCACGGAUAAGACUUUGGCACCAUUAGGGGAGAAGGCUACAGCUAUGGCCCAAGAGAGGAGAGAUGAGCCUGCCAUCCGAUCCAGGCCCUUGGCUCCUGCUCCUCCGCUUCCAUCUUGCUUCCUUGAGAUUGAUGGAGAGCAGCCCUAGACUUAGUUUCUCCACGGAUAAGACUUGGGCACCAUUAGGGUAAGAUCGGGGCUUUAAAGCCCUUUCCCCAUCCAAGCGCAUAGAACUCUACCCACAGUAGCCAGCUGCAUCAUAGACCACUUAAAUGUAGUUUUUAUGGAUGACAUUCUCCAGAACAGCCUCCUUCCCGAAGGAGGAGAAACCGUGGCCUUUUAUCAGCCUCGCAUGGCAUUCGGCUUUAACUGUUUGGCUGCUGUUCAGAGAAAGAAAGCUACGUUAUGAAGGCAGGUAUGAAAACCUCUUUUGGAAAUACCUCCCCGAGCGACACAGAUGUUUGCGGGGUUUGCUGUUUUAAAAAAUUAAGCCUUGUGCUAGUUAUGAGUCUGUUUGGACAGAUGGACUUAAGUUACCCCAAACUGCAUUUCUCAAGACUUGGGCGAGAAGGACAUCCACAACAUGAAACCAACACAACAUUUGGGAGCAGAUGUCCAAAACACCUGGAGGAUCAACGUUUGGAAAACACUUGUGUUACACUAUGUUUUCCCCCAAGCACUAGUUCUUUCUUUGGACCGACUCUGCUCCUGUUUUUAUUAUCUUAUCUGUUUGCAUACUUCCUAAUUUUAACUCGAAUUUGUAUUUAUGGUAUUGCGGAACAAAUGACACACUGUACCUUUUUGUUGCUGUUGGGAAGUAUUUAGCUCUUUCAAAUCAAUCUGUUCAUUAAAUAACUGCACUGGGUUUACAAGAAGUCAGUAGGAUAUACUGUAUGUGUUCUUGGAUCUGGCCAAAACACUAACCUAGGCCAGCAAUCUGCUCUUCUUUUUGCUCCGCAAAGUAAGUACUUGGAGAUAAGACUGCCAUGAAAACAGAGAUCUGUUGAUGAAUAAGGAUGGUCUUAACUUUCACUGAUGAAUAAGAAUGGAAACAGACCUCUAUUUUCAUGGUCAGUCGACCUCUUAAGUACUAACCGAAAGGUCCUUCUAGUUUAGUAUCUUAUUUUUGGUGGUGGUCAGCCAAUGUCAGGAGUAUCAUAGACAACUUGCCUGCCAUAAAGGGCUGGAGAUCAGGUGUGAUGAUGGAUGGAUGGAUGGAUGGAUAGAUAGAUAGGAUAGGAUAGGAUAGGAUAGGAUAGGAUAGAGUAGAAGUGGUAUGGUUAAGUCUUGGUGAAGUGUUGAGAUGAGGUUGGGAGGGAGGCAAGCAUGAGCAAGAAUUAACCUAGACUUUGUGUAAUGUGUAACUGGGCAAAUGUAAUCUUGGCCGGUCAGUUCUGACAACAAACGUCACUGGAGUAACCCUAUAGUUUCUUAAAUAAAGUUAUU